AUGCGCGCAGGCCACCGGCUCUUCGUGGAGCCCCUGCUCGGGGCCCUGCCGCCGCCGCUCCCCGCCCCCACGGGGGUGCUUUACGUGGUGGACUCACAGCCCCAUGCGCGGCCCGGGCUCAACAUCGGGGCCUGGUUUGGCUGCCUCUGCGAUGCGCAGCGGGUGACGUGCAUGGAGCGGUGGUGCGUGGCGGCGGCGAGGCUGCUGUGGAAGGUUCAGCUCGCGCACGAAGCCUUCCCCUACGCCGCCACGGAAGCCGACAAGGCGGCCCACAUCGUGGCGCUUAGUUCGGCCUGGGCGGAGGGCGGCCCUGGGUCCGUCGCGGACUCGCCUGCCUGGUUGUCCUCGCUCCCAAAGGACCUACUACAUGUCGUAAGCGGGCCGUUGAGUGCCACAGGGAUUGCGCAGAGCCACGCCAUCGUUUUGCAUGAGAGCAACAUGGGUUCCUCCGACCUCGCAUCACUUUCGAGGGACGAUACGAAAAUUCGCCACGCGUCAAUUUCCUAUAACGGCCUCAUACCACGCCUCGUUGGUGACUUGCAUAUUAUAGAUGAAUGCAACAGAGAAACGGGAGCAGGGGAUCCUGAGGAGGCUCUUCGGCGGAAUUUGGCUGACAUGUAUACCCACCGAGCGACACUUCUUCACACCGUGGCGCUCCCCUCUUAUGGCGAUGAAGAUAAGGAUAGCUUUUACAAGUUGUUUUAUGCAAAAUUACACAACAACCCAACUAUGUCUCUAGCUGCUGCGCUACGCGAGACGAAUCUCGAGCGUAUACAACGCCAGAAUGCGCCUUGGCUAGGGAUUGAGCAUGUUUUGUUUGAUUACGGCGGUCCACUCGAGUCGUGGAGUACCGCUGUUCAUCAAAGCACCAGCCGGCAGUACGUCGAGUAUCACAACAUCAAUAGUAUAUACGAAAGGAUGUUAAGCUGCCUCGUGGCGACGCGGCCAUCUGGUGAGGCGGCGGUUCUGGACCAACUUAUCCAUUAUGUGGAAAGCUCACAAAUAGAGCUUGAGGGUAGUGAAAAGACCAGCAACUCUGCCGCCGGUCCCAAGGUUGCCGUAGAGUUAUCUAACCCCAAAGCUCAAAUCCGCAACUAUCCUGAGUUAAGGCAAGUUCUUCCAGUAGAACCUAAGCCGAGCGCAGCUGCUGUGAGGGUGACUAAGUCAAAGGCUUAUUUUGUGCCAGAGCCGCCUAUGCGAACAAAGCCGAAGAGUGACCGCAGGAAUGGUCGCCGAGACAAGAAAAAGUAG